AGAAAACGUAAUGAUUGAGAGUGGUCAACUUUAUUGUCUGUCUAAAACCUAACUGAAGAACACAUGUCGGGACCUCAGUGCUGUGAAAACCCGCCGGCUCUUAACCCGGGCUCCGGGUCGGGUCAUGUGGAGAGGCUGGGUGGGCUCGAUGCUUACGUCUCUGGCUCUACCGAUUCCAAGUUGUGCGUCAUCCUCAUCUCUGAUGUUUUUGGGUAUGAAGCUCCAAACUUGAGGGCUCUUGCGGACAAGGUUGCAGCUUCUGGAUUUUAUGUUGUGGUUCCUGAUUACUUCUAUGGAGAUCCUUUUGAUGCCUCUAAUCAGGAGAGACCCAUCACUGUCUGGCUCAAAGACCAUGGCGCUGAUAAAGGGUUUGAAGAUACGAAGCCAGUAGUUGAAGCCAUAAAGAGCAAAGGCAUCACUGCUAUUGGAGCUUCAGGGAUGUGUUGGGGUGCAAAAGUGGUGGUGGAAUUGUCUAAGCAAGAGCUUAUCCAGGCAGCUGUUCUGCUUCAUCCUUCUUUUGUCUCAGUCGAUGAUAUCAAGGGUGGGAAGGUACCAAUUGCUAUACUAGGAGCUGAGAUUGAUCAGUUGUCCCCACCAGCACUCUUGAAGCAAUUUGAGGAGAUUCUUGCUUCUAAACCUGAGGUGAAUAGUUAUGUGAAGAUACACCCGAAAGUGGCACACGGUUGGACAGUUAGGUACAAGACGGAUGACCCAGAGGCGGUUAAAGCUGCGGAAGAAGCUCACAAGGAGAUGCUUGAUUGGUUUGUGACUUACGUUAAAUGAAUUGAGAAAGGCUCUCCCAUUUGCUACUACUAUUACCAGCGUUGAUAAGUAAUAAAGAGAGUCUUAAGUAUAAAACUCGUUGUUGGCGUCUGUACUCUGUGUGGCUAUAGCCCUUGGAGGCAUGUUGCUAUGUUGUGAGUUGUGACCAUGGUCUGUGGUGAUUGCCGAAUUUCUAUGCAUAAAUAAAAACUUAUUUUGCUG